AUGGAGGUGAAAGAGGAAGUUCAAGAACCGAGUGUCGUCAAGGAGAACCACUACAUUGAAACUCCUGAAGAUUUUAAAUGUGAAAAGACCUUCACACAUAAAGGAAACCUUAGGGAUCACAUAAAAAUUCACAUCGGAGAGAAGCCUUACGCGUGCCGUCUGUGUGGAAAGGGUUUAACGUGUAAAGGAAGCCUCAAGUGUCACAUGAGAGUCCACACCGGAGAAAAGCCGUUCACUUGUCAUCAGUGCGGAAAGAGCUUCGCUCGGAAAGUAAUCCUUCAGAAUCACAUAAAAACUCACUCCGGAGAGAAGCCUUACACGUGCAAACAGUGCGGAAAGAGCUUCAAAUGUAAAGGACACCUUAAGACUCACGUAAGAACUCACACCGGAGAGAAGCCUUACUCGGACCACGAGUGCGGCAAGAGUUCUAGGUUCUAG